UUUUAAUUAAUGCACAUGCUUAUGUAUCUGCUAGAGAUAAAUGGCACACCAGCAUGCCUUCCAACCAGGGGCGGACUGACAAGUCAUGGGGCCCCCGGGCAAUAGGGGAUCAUGGGGUCCCUGUGUCCUUGCCCAAACUCAAAAAAGCCUAUGAAAAAGGUACCAUGGGGCAUCUCAUGGGGCCCCCUACUGACCCCGGGCCCUCGGGAAGUGCCCGAGUUUCCAAAUAGUCAGUCUGCCCCUGGAUG